UUAAUGUUGAUGAUCUUGAAUUGAUGUCUUCAAAGCAGUGUGCAGUAGCCUAGAGGUAUUGUUGCUCGAGUGAUGGAAAUAUCGAACGGUUUUAAAAAUGUUUCAAGAACAAAGGAAUGAAUCAUCGUCCAAAGCACACUUCGUUUGUCACUGCCGAGUCUCAUUUUGGCUAAUUUUUGGGAUGGCCAAACUUAGACAAUCAUCUGUAAACCUCUUAUGCUUCUGCAAGCCUACUGCCUCCUGGACGCCAACCCCAUACGGCAUGCCCACGCUACAGUUUUUGGUAGUGCAUGCUCAGCACUGUGCGGCUGUGACCUCAAUCCCCAAAAAUUUAUGCUCCGCUAUAUCGGCGCCUGAAAAAUCACAACCCACGCUGUAGACAGUUCAGGACCCACAAACCAUCAUAUAUAAACCACUUAGUCAUCACACCUACCCCCUACAUCACAUGUCUUUUUUCAUAAACCAGAACAACCUCUCCCAGUUGGAAGUGAACCAGGAUAAGAUCAAGCUUGCGGAGAUACAGUUUGAGGCCAUGUCUCAGACCUU